GGGUAGGAAUAGGGAUUUAUCAAGGUCUCGAUCGAGGUCUCCGGCGUAUCGGAGGAGAUAUUCGCGGUCUCCGUCGCCGGCGAGACAUAGGUAUAGCCGGAGAAGCCGGAGAGAUGGGAGCCGAUCCCCUUAUUCUUAUAGCAGGUGGUACCGAUUAUUUUCUCAGAAGUUGGUGUGGUAUUUCUUUACUUGCAUUAAUUUUAUCUUAAUGGAUAUGCUGUUGAAAACCUCAUGAGCUAGUUUAGAUCGCAUACACUGGCAUUUUUCGUGAAACUAAUUUUGUUUAUCUCGGAAUUUGUUGUCACCGAUGAGCUUUUUUGUUCGCCUGAGCAUAUGGAUACUUCACUGAUGUUCCUAGUUUAUGGCCGUAUUUCUUCUGUCUUCAAUAAUCUCGCAGAUGCUUAUGAAAUACCAAGUCUAGUAUUGUUGUAUCAUGCUGCUGUUUCUAAGAGUUUCCAGUCCCUCAUUUUGGUCUUCUUCUUCUGCAUUCUUAUGGUUAAUGCCUCAUGCUUUGCUCAAGUAUUGUGCCCCUGCUCCUGUGAUUAAACAUUAGUGCCUGGACCAGCGAAUUUGGAAUUUGCCUACUAUUAUGUAUUAUGUUAUGAAUGAAUGAAUUCAUUGAGUGGAGUACUGGAGCUUCGGCAGUUUAGCCUAAUAAAAGAACCUAACUGUAAUAAGUGACAUUUUUUUUCAUGAGUGAAAUUAAGAAAGUCAACUGGUUCCCGUCAUUGGGGAGGAAUUGAAGCAGGUGAUGGGUGCCGAUAGGUGUCCUUCAGUUGACUUUAACAGUUGUCUAUGAUAAAAGAUGGAGCUCGAGGUUAAUUCUUGGCAAUUGAGAAGACAAAGAAGCCGUUCAUUGUCCUCAAGACACCGCAAAAGUCAUUCUCCUUCUCCAAGGCAAGACAGAAGUCGCUCCCAAACAUUAAGGAGUCGUAUGAGGCAAAGAAAUAGAAGUACCUCGUUGUCUCCUAUUGGUAAAUCUCCAUGUUCAAGUGUUGGAUCAAAAGAGCGCAAGGAUGUCAGUGAAACAUUAAGAAAAGAGGAAGUGGAAAAGGACAAAAGAAGGCGGCAACAGGAGGCAGAAUUAAAAUUAGUAGAAGAAGAAACUGCAAAGCGAGUUGAAGACACAAUUAGGAAGAAAGUCGAAGAGAGGUUGAACUCUGGCGACAUUAGGCUAGAAAUUGAUAGGCGGCUAGAAGAAGGUCGAAAGAAGGUCGUCUCAGACGUUGCUGCUCAGCUCGAAAAAGAGAAGGAAGCGUAUCUGAUUGAGUUAAGACGAAAAGAGGAACAAGUUCAGAAAGAGAGAGAAGAGGUGGACAGGAUGGUUGAGGAGAAUCGGCGGAAGGUAGAAGAAGCACAGAGAAGGGAAGCUUUGGAGCAGCAAAGGAGAGAGGAAGAACGUUACAGGGAAUUAGAAGAGAUACAAAGACAAAAAGAGGAGGCUUUGCGGAGGAAGAAACAGCAAGAAGAGGAAGAACGUGCCAAAUUGAUGAAAUUAUUGGGCAAGAACAAAUCCCGCCCUAAAUUAUCCUUCGCGCUGGGUUUGAAAUGACCAAACGGCCGACGUUGGUGACUUGGCUGUGUCCCAAAAGUGUUGAAAUUUUGAUUUCAAUGAUAAGUCAGGCAAAGUGGUCUUUUCCACUUUGUAUUUUACUUGCCUCUAGUCUACUGCUUUCCUUUUUCCACACCUAAGAACCAACUGUUUGUUUUUUUUUUUUUUUUUUGAUAAUCCUAAGAACCAACUGUCAUUCACCCAGAAACCAACUUAGCUGUCUGGGCAAGCAGUCUCUUUAUUUUCAGUGCAAGUGUUAUUCACAUAGGAACCAACUGAACUGUCCGUGACAGCCAUCUUUGUAUUUCCCGUGUAUAAUGAAACGGUGGUAGCUAUUAGCUAA